UGUGCACUGUUUGCUGAUUUGCAACCCGCCGAAAUAGCAGUGAAGAAGAAGGAGACCAUCGCCCGUCUCGCCAUGGACUGUUCUAGGAUCAGUGUAGUAGAAAAACAACAUUAACCGUAGAGCGGUGCAUUAUAACCCAGGGUAAAAGGACCACAUCAUAGGUGAUAGGAAUGUAGUGGGGCCCUAGAGUGAAACACUAUUUAAAAAAUCAGCAAACCAAAUGUCAACUCUCCCAUAGUGGGGUGCUAGUUCAGUCAGUUCAAGGAAACCGCCGAACACAGUUUGAGUAAUGGAGCCCAAUCCCGGCAUGCAUAUGUCCUCCAUCCCCACCACAAACAGCAUAGUCCAGGUCUCAGUGGCCGACGGCGUGCCCGUUAGCAUAUACCACCCUCAGAACCAAGGCCAGGGUGCAGGGCACAGCGCGUUGGCACCAGCGGCCGUCAUGCAAGCCUUGGCACAGGUGGCGCAGGCGCAGGACGCGCUCCCGCAGGUGGCCAUGGCAAUAGCGCCUCCGAUGGAGGGCGUGGUGGAAGUCCAGAACGAGUCCGGCAGGAUGGCCAUCCCUGUGCACGAGCUGCCCUUCGCGGAGGUGGCCUCGCUGCUGGACCCCAACAUGAAGAGCUCCAAGGCGCGCAAGUACCAGAUCUACUACGACGAGGUGAAGCGGCGGCUGGAGCCGCCCGAGAAGAUGUCGCUGCGCUCGCUGGCCGCCUACACCCGGGUGAGCCGCGGGCCGGCCAGCAAGCGGACGCUUCUGGAGUCGCUCAACGUGCUGGGGCUGUCGCCGAGCACCAACACGGCCGUGUCCAGCUCCUUCUCCAAACUCACCGAAGGAGACACUGCAGCAUUGUGUAAAGACAUGAAAGACUUUGCGUUCCAGUACGUGGACUAUGAGAACAUGGCCAAACAACUGAUGCCGGAGUCCAACCAUGUACAGCACUGGUCAAAGAUCAUCGAGACAAGGAAUUACCUGGAGGAGAUGAGGAAGUGUUUCCACGAUCCGGCCAACAGCAAGUCCUUCGCCAACGCCACGCACGGCCUGGGCACGGGAAUGCUGGACGUGGCUCUGGACAUGGUGGACGGCGUCAUCGAGCGCCAGAUCCGCAUCCUCUCGGGCAACGCCGAGCCCAAGUCCGAGACGACGGUCCAGAAGGCGCGCAAGCGCAUGAGGAAACCGCGCGUGCCCAAGGACAACAGCAAACACCCCCGCGAGGGCAAAUCUCGAGGCAGGGGGGGCAAAAGCAAGGCUGGGCCCAGCACCCACGCAGCCACCGCCAUGGUCGAUGCCCAGAACAGGAAACAGAUCCGAUUGGACCCUGGCCCUGCCACGGAGACCCAGGAGCCCGCCUCUAUGGAGAGUAGCGUCCUCACCCUCGUCUCCGUGGGUUACGAAACCAUCUCCAGCGGCCUCAGUACCACAACAAGCAUAGCGUAGCGUAGCAUAGCCACCGAGAUGCUAACUCAGAAGGACACUACGCCUAGUGCCCAAACUCAGACCUUAGGUGUUUCUGUUGUUGUGGGUAGAUUUAAGGUUAGUUUGACAUUGCUGUAGGCAAGAAUAAAAAUUAGCGCCAGCCAAAUGCCGAAAUAUGAAAGUGGCCAAUCUGGCUAUAAAGAUUUACUUUCAAUAAAGAUUGAGUGGCUGGUGAAUUGUAUCAUUAAUUGUCAGUGGCUGGUAGAUGUUCACGUUUUGAAAACUUGAUUUCCACCCAUGGCUGUCGGUGUCUGAGUUUGUCUGAGGGCACAGGAUUUUUCUUCACAUGAUCAAUUACACAAUCAGAAAGAACUACUUCCUCACAACAAAAUGUUUGAGUGAAGCACUGUGAUGGUUUAGAAUGCACUGCUUAAAACUGGUCUGAAGCACUGUUGUAUUUUCUGUUUUAUUUUGGAUUUAGAUCUGGUACACCUAUUUAGACAAAAAAAAAAGAAAAACUCUAAAGUAAUUUGACAGAACUCUUGGUUUUCAUAAUGGGAUUUUCAUUUUGUGUAAUAGGAUUCAAAGAUGAUUUUUGUUGAACAUGAGUUGUGUUGAACUAUAUCAAGGGGAGUGUGACUGAAUGACUGUAAUGUACAUAUGUGUUAAAAGACAACAGGGCAACUUGAAGACUUGUAUUAAAUGCUUUAACGUUUUUUAUAUACA